AUGGCGGAAAAUGGCAUGCGUGUUGGAGGCGCCAGCGGUGCUGAAGUUGGCGACUAUAGUAAUGGAAAUCAUGAACACGAGUUAGGUGCGGAAAAUAUUAAGAACACGCCGCGGUUAAACGAGACUGCACAAAAGUAUAUGCAAGAAUUACUUGCUGAACGAGCACGUAUGGAAAAUCACUUUCCUUUAGCAGUAAAGCUGAUCGAUGAGGCACUGGAACGCAUUCAGCUAAAUGGUCGCAUACCUACACGCGAGCAAUAUGCAGAUGUUUAUCAGCAAAGGACUAUUAGACUGUCACAAAAGGUGCAUGUUCCCAUAAAAGAUAAAAAGUUUAAUUACGUUGGGAAAUUGCUUGGACCAAAGGGAAACUCAUUGCGACGGCUGCAGGAGGAAACGCAAUGUAAAAUUGUUAUACUUGGACGUUUCUCGAUGAAAGAUCGUGUACGCGAAGAGGAGUUGCGCAACUCAGCUGAUGCCAAAUAUGCUCAUCUUAAUUUACCAUUACAUGUCGAAGUGUCUACUGUUGCCCCACCAGCUGAAGCAUAUGCACGUAUUGCCUAUGCUUUAGCGGAAAUUCGACGUUAUUUAAUACCAGACAAGCACGAUGACAUACGACAAGAACAAUUUCGUGAGUUAAUGGAAGAUCCUGAAGCUGCUAAGAAAAUCACAACACGCCAACAACAGCAGCAACAACAAAAUAAUGCUCAUUCAGUUGGUGGCAACAACAAUAAUUCUAAUCAUCGGUCAGGUGGUUCAGCUGGAAGCAGCGGCAUGUAUAGGCCUAAAUAUCAACAGCAAUUUAAUUACCAUUAUAAUGAUGAGACUGUUUAUUACCGUUCGCAUAACAACAAUUAUCACCAAYCAAAACCUUAUGUGCCAGCUGCCCAACGUUCAAACUUAAUGCACUCGACAAUGCCACCACAAGCAAUUGCCAAUGCUUCACCAUCGGGUAUGAUGCCAAAUACAUCAAAUUAUAGCGGGCGUGGUUCAGCCAUAAAUAGUGGCAUACCAUCGAAUAACGUAAAUAAUUUACGAUACCGUUCGUCAUUGCCGCCGUAUCAGUUUGUAAAAAAAUAAUGGGAAGAUCUAGCCAUUAAAUGGAUUUCGAAAAGUUUAUUUUUUGUUGCUUCGUUUUCCAUACUUCCUAUGUAUGAAAUUAUGCAUAUGCAUAAACAUAUUGUUUACCCCUUAUAAUGUUAGCAUUACGGCUAACUAAUGUUUCAUUUGUUAACUAGUGUACUGGUUGCGUUAUAUAGGCGUAGUUAUACAUAUAUUAUUAUACAAUACAUAAAUACACCCGCAUACACAUUCUCGACAUUUAUGUAUAACAUACAUACGAACAUCCAUCUAUACAUACACUUUCAUGGUUAAAAAAAAGUUUGGUGUGUACAUAUUGUAGAAAUUCAAUUGUACCGUAUUUGACCUAAUAUAGAUAUUUAUGCGUAGCCUUAACAUAUACUUUUAUAAUAUAUAUACAUACAUACAUCUGUGUAUUUUUUUGAGUUCGUUGAWAGCGUAUAACCUUGUUUUUAUAACAUUUAACUCAAAUAACUCUACACAUUUUCAUAAUGUUUGUCAUAAUACGCGUUGCGGCUGAAAAUAUAAAACAAAAUAUUAAUAUUUUAUGAAACUCUUGAAGAGUGUUAAUAAUCUCACUAUGCAAAUAUUAUACAAUACAUGUUAUUAUUACAUUAUGAAUUGAUAUUCUGCAUUUCCGCUUUGGUUUGCGUUCCUUUAAAAGUGAUAUGCUGCAAGUUGUUAAGGGAGAAAUAAUUGCUAACUAAAAUUGAUAGACCAAAAAAUAACUGCAUUAUUACAAUGUUGUAAUUGGAACUAUCCCCUUGUGGCAUAUCAUUUAAGCAGCAAUGCGAUUCAGCAUACAUACAUAAUUUUUGAAAAAAAAAACUGUAAUUUUUAUUAUCGUUAUUGCUGUAAUACGGCUAUUGACGUACUAUAUUUUUUAAYAUAUAUAUAUAUACAUACUUAUAUUAAUUAACUUUGAAAUUUGUUAUGUUUAUUUAAAAUGAAUAUGAUUUUUAUUCGUUUGUAUUUAUUCAAGUUUAUAAACAAAGCAUAAGUAAAAUAAUAACAACACGUGGCAAUUGGCUUACAAAUAAAGCUGAAAAUACAAAUAUUGAAAAAAA